AUGCUGUUGAGUAAUGGGAUUAAAUAUCUAACUGGUACAUAUACAUAUUUAUUGUCAUCAUCAUCAUCAUCAUCAUCAUCAUCAUCAUCAUCAUCAUCAUCAUCAUCAUCAUCAUCAUCAUCAUCAUCAUCAUCAUCAUCAUCAUCAUCAUCAUCAUCAUCAUCAUCAUCAUCAUCAUCAUCAUCAUCAUCAUCAUCAUCAUCAUCAUCAUCAUCAUCAUCAUCAUCAUCAUCAUCAUCAUCAUCAUCAUCAUCAUCAUCAUCAUCAUCAUCAUCAUCAUCAUCAUCAUCAUCAUCAUCAUCAUCAUCAUCAUCAUCAUCAUCAUCAUCAUCAUCAUCAUCAUCAUCAUCAUCAUCAUCAUCAUCAUCAUCAUCAUCAUCAUCAUCAUCAUCAUCAUCAUCAUCAUCAUCAUCAUCAUCAUCAUCAUCAUCAUCAUCAUCAUCAUCAUCAUCAUCAUCAUCAUCAUCAUCAUCAUCAUCAUCAUCAUCAUCAUCAUCAUCAUCAUCAUCAUCAUCAUCAUCAUCAUCAUCAUCAUCAUCAUCAUCAUCAUCAUCAUCAUCAUCAUCAUCAUCAUCAUCAUCAUCAUCAUCAUCAUCAUCAUCAUCAUCAUCAUCAUCAUCAUCAUCAUCAUCAUCAUCAUCAUCAUCAUCAUCAUCAUCAUCAUCAUCAUCAUCAUCAUCAUCAUCAUCAUCAUCAUCAUCAUCAUCAUCAUCAUCAUCAUCAUCAUCAUCAUCAUCAUCAUCAUCAUCAUCAUCAUCAUCAUCAUCAUCAUCAUCAUCAUCAUCAUCAUCAUCAUCAUCAUCAUCAUCAUCAUCAUCAUCAUCAUCAUCAUCAUCAUCAUCAUCAUCAUCAUCAUCAUCAUCAUCAUCAUCAUCAUCAUCAUCAUCAUCAUCAUCAUCAUCAUCAUCAUCAUCAUCAUCAUCAUCAUCAUCAUCAUCAUCAUCAUCAUCAUCAUCAUCAUCAUCAUCAUCAUCAUCAUCAUCAUCAUCAUCAUCAUCAUCAUCAUCAUCAUCAUCAUCAUCAUCAUCAUCAUCAUCAUCAUCAUCAUCAUCAUCAUCAUCAUCAUCAUCAUCAUCAUCAUCAUCAUCAUCAUCAUCAUCAUCAUCAUCAUCAUCAUCAUCAUCAUCAUCAUCAUCAUCAUCAUCAUCAUCAUCAUCAUCAUCAUCAUCAUCAUCAUCAUCAUCAUCAUCAUCAUCAUCAUCAUCAUCAUCAUCAUCAUCAUCAUCAUCAUCAUAUUCUUCUUCUUCUUCUUCUUCUUCUUCCGUGAGUUGUGCACUUUCUAUACUGUGUGAGUGA